AUGUCAACACUAGCACAAGCUUACGCCACCUUGGCUGUAGAUCCUGAGGUUUCUGACGAAGAGCUCCGCCUCACCUACUAUGCUCUCUUGCGAAUUAUCGAGGCGUACGAUCUCAUCGUCAAUGCUCGUAGCAACGUCGACGAGUCAGAAGUUGAGCCAGGAAGCGAUCAACACAAAGGUGUCAGCAAAGUAGUCCAGCCAAAACAGAAGCAGAAGAUCAUAGCGUAUGAGCCAUAUGAAGCACAGUUCAAAACCACAGACGAGGAUGGCAAGGAUCUGUACGUUACAUUCAACUCGAGUGCGAAGCAUAUAGAUGCCAUGAGCAAGCGCGAGCCACGUACAAAGAAGGCCGGACGCUUCUAUGGACAUGUUGGAGAUCUUCACCGGACACUGCUGUAA